AUGGCUACUUCGACGAUCGAUAGAGGACGGCUUGCUCCAAAACGAGCGCUGGCGGAACUCGCAUCUGGCGCCGUCUUUGGAGCAGCACUCCUUGCCUCCGGAGUGUACGCACCAAGCAUCAUCACAGCGCAAAUGACCUUCACCUCCAACACCAUGAUUGUCGUCAUGAUGGGAGCGAGUGCUUCGAGCGCCAUUAUAUUCGACCUCGAAGAGCGCUUCAAAAUCCCUUCCCACACUCUUCGUCCCCCAAGCAAUCUCGGCUUCUUCCGCUACGACGGCAACGCCCUCGGCGGCGCCCUCAUAGGACUCGGAAUGGGACUCACCGGCUCCUGCCCCGGCACAUCCCUCGUCCAAGCGGGCACAGGAAUGGCUCACGGAGGCCUAGUGCUAGCCGGCGGCCUCCUCGGCGCUCUAGCCUUCGUCAAAACGCAAUCACAUCUCCAAACCCACUUCGGCCGAACAGCGCUCUCGAACCGCCCUCCGCGCACCCCCGCCGAGGACCAACACCACCUCCCACCCACCAAACCCUCCAGCCUAGCCGCCACCCUCGGCAUCAACCCCCUCAAACUCCUCCUAAUCUGGGUUCCGAUGUGCCUAGCCGCAAUCCACCUCGUCUUCACCCAAGACACCAGCGUCCGGCAAAUCCCCGCUGCAGGUCUCGUGCGUCCGAUCUACGGCGGUCUCCUCAUCGGCGUCGCACAACUCAUCACAACCCUCCUUGCCCGCCAUCCGCUAGGCGUGUCCACCGCUUACGAAGACGUCGCUCGCUGGCUCACAACUUCAAGAAAAGAAGGACGCAAGUCGAUCCUCACGCCCUCCGUCAUCUUCUCCCUCGGCAUGGCUCUCUCGGCCAUGAUUCUCUCCUUCGGCCUGCGUGCAUACGGGAUGCUGAGCGCAGCAGACACUCACAACUCUCCCCUCAACCAGCUAGGAUGGAAAGCAGCAGGCCAAGCCAUCGCAGGCGGGAUAACAAUGGUGUUCGGCGCCCGGCUGGCAAAAGGCUGCACAUCAGGACACGGCAUCAGCGGACUCGCGGCCUUUUCGACAAGCAGUCUGAUCACGACAGCGGCGAUGUUUGCAGGAGGGAUUCUGAUGGCGAGAGUGCUGGGGUAUUGA